AUCGGCGUUGAUCGGCGCUGGUGCAUCGUGUCGAAGUGUCGGGACGAACGAGCACAGAGCGGCGGUAUCAAGUCGAGGGCAAAUUCGCGAGCCGAAACGUUGUUAGACAUGUAGCUAGCCAGAAUCGGUCAGGCUUAUCUCGUGGCUUUUUAGCAUAGAGAACCGGUUCGAUUUAGUGACGUUGUAACAAACGAGCCCCCGUUCGUUCCAUGACUUCCCCACUCAAUCAUACGUGAGUAAACGCACUUGGCAUCUUAUUUUUGCACAUACGCACGAUGCGGGACACGCUCGACGGGGCUGGUGCCACCGUCUCGAGAGAGAUGCUGCGAUUCUAUUCACGCCAACGAGGAUUCCCGACGUUAGCAGAAAAUGACAGUAUUAGAAACAGAGGAAGACGCAGAUAAACGCUCGGUUCCUCCUAGAAAGAAGUUCUGCCUGUCCCUGUCGGGUCGCGGACGUGUGAUUACCAACGUCGCCCCGCAGCCCCCUCGUUCAUCUGCGAGAGGGGGCCUCCUGGAUACACCAGACUUUACAUUCAGUACAAGCAAGAUGUUGAAUGGCUACCGCAGUCAGCUGAGCAACCAUCAGGAUGGAAAUUAUGACAUGUCUGGUGGUAGCAAUACAGAAGGCUUGAAGAUAGCCACUCUAUGCAAUCUAGGAAAUACUUGCUUCCUCAACAGUGUAUUAUAUACUUUAAGAUUCGCGCCUUCUUUCCUGCACAAUUUGCAUCAUUUAGCUACUGAUUUAUCUAACUUGAAUGACAAGCAAUUACAAGCAAAAGCCAAAUCCUCUUCGUUAGGUAGAACCGGUGUAUCAUUAACGUCGAGCAGCAGUCGUAGUUGGAGCAGUAAAGAUCUGUUAGCACUAGCUGGACCAACAGGGGAAGCCAACAAGCCUCGUAUUCAGAUAGCCACUGAAAAGUUGCACGAGCUCUUUAUGGCACUGCGAGCAUCGGAGGCGCGGGAAAAUAGUGAACCUUAUCAGCCAGAUGCCUUUUUGCAAGCUCUUAGGGAAGUAAACCCAAUAUUCGAAGGAAAUCAACAGCAGGAUGCUCACGAACUUUUGGUCUGCUUACUCGACAACAUUAGAGAGACCUUCCAGUUAUUAGUUAGACAUAGAGAGAGCCAAUUUGGUCAGAGCAACGGUGGCAUUCCCGACUUUACUCCGGACCAGUCGACGGAUACACAGUCAGAGAGCAGCAGUACUGGUAAGAGAAGCAUUCGUAAGUCAAGGAAGAAGAAGAAGAUUAUGACCAGGGGCAGCUCGGUGUCUCUCGCACAGCCGAGCGUAAACGGCGUCGCGACAUCCGCGAUGAGACCGUACGAGAACGGUCUCCACUUGGAGUUUGCUGAGAGUAACGGCGAGAUAGGCACGCGCAAGCUGGAAAGUAAAAAAUGUUUUAUUUCCGAGGAUUUUGAGGGAAUUAGUUUGCUGCGGACGACGUGCCUCGAGUGCGAAUACGUCACAGAACGGAAAGAAACGUUCUGUGAUAUUUGCGUACCCAUCGACAUUGACCGCUCGAACGAGAAAGAUGACGACGGCCGCUCGGUGGAUAGCAGCGAAGUGUAUAAACGUGCUGUAGUAACAAGUGAGCUUCUUUGGGGUAGAGACAAGUACUGGUGCGCACGUUGCCUACGAUAUAACGAGGCUCGCAGAGCUGUGUGUUUCCCCUCCUUACCGAGACUCCUUAUUUUGCAGUUAAAGAGAUUUUCCACUGCCGCUGGUUCGAUGGAGAAGAUUAACAAUCACAUGCCGACGCCGCUCACCUUGCAAUGUUUCUGCGAGGAGUGUAGCAACGAUCAGACGCGUGGACCAACGACCGGCGGCAGCGGCGGCAGCAGCGGUGGCGGUGGCGGCGCAGAAUCUGCGCGACACGUGUACAAAUUGUAUUCGGUCAUAAUGCAUCAGGGUGCGACGAUGACCGCCGGUCACUACGUUGCUUACGCGCGUCUACCGGACGAGUCUGCAUAUGCGGAAUACUACCAGUGUGAUCGCGAUAACAAGCGGCCGAAUUCAGCUCAGAGCACCGCGAGCACGAACUCGUCGUCUUCCACGUCCGAUAAGUCGUCGUCGAGUAUAUUCAAGUACUUUAGGAGUAAGCCCAGCGUGAGCGAGAACAAGGAGCAGGUGGUGAAGGUCGGAUGUCGCAGCAUGGACUGCUGCGGCAUCAGACGCAACAAGCAGGGCGUCACCUGGCUGGAGUGCGAUGACGAGGCGGUACACGUGAUCCCGUUGCGCGAGCUCGAGGACAAAUUGGCGCCCAAUCCGCGCAAUUCAGCCACCCCCUAUCUCCUGUUCUACGUGAGGUCGACGACGUAAGGAGCCGGCUGGCUACCUUGUCGAAAAUGUAUAUCAAAAAUGUCUCCUCCCUCCCCCCGACCUCCCUCAUCCUUUCGAGACUUGAAGCGAUGUAGCAGUAUAACUGUAAAACGGACCUCGUUCUUCUCGUUCAUUCACACCCCUCUGCUUCGUCGCCGCAUUCUCGUUACUUCUCGUCCUUCUGCUCCUCAACAACUGUGCUGUGAUGUACCGCACACAUUCCAGGUCUGUGUACUUCUUCCUGUGUACGAACGUGCCGCACAAGAGCGAUUUAGACGUGCGAGCGUGAGUAUAAUUUCAUAGGAAAUAAAAACUCCUUAUUGCAAACGA